GUACUUUGCCAAUGAGCCUUUUGCAGACCUGCAUCGCCUCGAGGGGCUGCGAGGCAUCUUCAUCGCCACGCUCAUCAACGGCUCGGUCAGCGAGAACAACAUGAGAUCUGUCAUCACCUUCGACAAGGGAGGGACAUGGGAGCUGCUUCAGCCACCUGCUGCCGACAGCCUGGGAGGAACUGUGGACUGUCAGCUCAGUAAAGGUUGCUCUCUUCACCUGGCCCAGCGCUGGAGCCAGCUGUUCAACAUCCAGCUGAGGAGGAUGCCCAUUUUAUCUAAGGACUCCGCACCCGGAGUCAUCAUGGCCACAGGAUCUGUGGGCAGGAACCUGGCCAGCAAACCUAAUGUGUAUGUGUCGAGCAGUGCCGGAGCCCGGUGGAGAGAGGCACUGGCAGGCCCUCAUUUCUACACUUGGGGGGACCACGGUGGUAUCCUGAUGGCUAUCGCACAAGGAGGCGCCACCACACAUCUGAAGUUCAGCACCAACGAAGGGGAGACCUGGACCGACUUUCAGUUCUCCGAGCAGGAGGUGUAUGUUUACCAGCUGCUGACGGAGCCGGGGGAGAAGAGCACCAUCUUCACCAUUUUCGGCUCCUACGCAAACCAGAGACACAGCUGGCUCAUUGUUCAGGUCAACACGUCGGACGUUCUGGGUGUCCCGUGUUCAGAGGCCGACUACAAGCGCUGGUCUCCGUCAGACGAGCACGGAAACGAGUGUCUGCUGGGCAGAGAAAUAACGUUCAAGAGACGAGCUCCUCACGCUACAUGUUUUAACGGAGAAGAGUUCGACCGGCCCGUCACCAUCUCUAACUGCUCGUGCACGCGCCAGGACUAUGAAUGUGACUACGGCUUCAAGCUGAGUGAAGACCUGUCUCUGCAGGUGUGUGUGCCGGACCCUGAGUUCCUCGGUGACCUCUAUGCUCCUCCGGUCCCGUGUCCUGUAGGCACCACCUACCGGCGUAGCAAAGGCUACAGGAAGGUACCGGGCGACAGUUGCAGUGGAGGAGAUGUGCAGUCGAGGCUGGAUGGAGAGAUGCUGCCUUGUCCUGUCGGAGAGAGUAACGAGUUCAUCCUGUACGCGGUGAGGAACUCCAUCCAUCGGUACGACCUGGCCACCGGCACAGACCAGGCCCUGCCUCUGGCCGGCCUCAGGGAGGCUGUGGCUCUGGACUUUGACUACGACAAGAACUGUUUGUACUGGGCCGACAUCUCCCUGGACACCAUUCAGCGUCUGUGUCUGAACGGCAGCACAGGUCAGGAGGUCGUGGUGAGGAAAGACCUUCAGAACGUAGAGGCCCUGACCUUUGACCCCAUCAGCCGACUGCUCUACUGGGUUGACGCUGGAGCGCAGAAGAUUGAGGUCUCUAACCCUGAUGGAGAUCUGCGUCACACCCUGCUCAACUCGUCUAUCCUGGAACAUCCCCGUGCUCUGGUUCUGCUUCCUGGAGAGAGUCUGAUGUUCUGGACGGACUGGGGGGACCGAGCGGCCGGUGUUUACCGGAGCUACAUGGAUGGAACCAAUGUGUCCUGCAUUGUGUCAGAGGGGGUCCGCUGGCCCAAUGGAAUCACAGCUGAUGACCACUGGCUCUAUUGGACCGAAGCGUACAGCGACCGCAUUGAGAGGGCCAACUUCACCGGGGGCCAGCGGAGCGUCCUCAUGGAGAGGCUGCCCCACCCGUACGCCAUAGCUGUCUUCAAAAAUGACCUUUACUGGGACGACUGGUCCAGAAUGGGAAUUUUCAAAGCUCCAAAAGCUGGUUCCCAGAGCAACGAGCUGAUUGUUGGCAGACUAACCGGAGUCAUGGACCUCAAGAUCUUCUACAAGGGGAAGAAUCGAGGCCAUAACGCCUGUGCCGACCAGCCCUGCAGCCUGUUAUGUCUGCCUCAGCCCGGACACAAACACACCUGUGUCUGCCCAGACGGCACUCCCACUGUCACCAUGCCCAACGGCGAGCUGCAGUGCCAGUGUCCCUCCAGCUACCAGCUCGUAAACAACACCUGCGUCAAGACUGAGCACAGCUGUUUACCCAACCAGUACCGCUGCUCCAACGGCCGCUGCAUCAGCAGCAUCUGGAAGUGCGACAGCGACAAUGACUGCGGAGACAUGAGCGAUGAGCAGGAGUGUCCUACUACAACAUGCGACCCGUCCAACCAGUUUCGCUGCGUAGCCUCAGGAUCCUGCAUCCCGCUGGCAUUCAAGUGUGACCACGAAGACGACUGUGGAGACAACAGCGAUGAGGAGCACUGUGAGUCUCACCAGUGUGGCCCGGGGGAGUUCACGUGUGCACGAGGAGUUUGUAUCCGUGAGGCGUGGAGGUGUGACGGAGACAACGACUGCAGAGACUGGUCAGACGAGGCCAACUGCACAGUUGGCCACCAUACAUGUGAGGCCAGCAGCUUCCAGUGUCACACAGGUCACUGUAUCCCACAGCGCUGGAUGUGUGAUGGUGAUGACGACUGUCAGGAUGACUCAGACGAAGACCCUCGAUAUUGUGAUGGAACUCGGUGUAAAGGCUUCCUCUGCUCCAAUGACACCUGCCUGCCAGCGACCGUCCACUGCAACGGCAUCCAGGAGUGUCCAGACGGCGCUGAUGAGCGCAACUGUGACCCCCUGUGCACUCGCUACAUGGAGUUUGUAUGUAAGAACCGAACCCAGUGUCUGUUCCAGUCUCUGGUUUGUGACGGGAUCAAGCACUGUGAAGAUGGAUCAGAUGAGGACGCGGAGUAUGCUGGAUGCGCCACAUCGUCGGAGUUUGGCAAAGUGUGUGACGCCUACACCUUUCAGUGCGCCAACGGAGUGUGUGUGAGCCUGGAGUGGAAGUGUGACGGCAUGGACGACUGUGGGGACUACUCUGACGAAGCCAACUGUGCUGCUCCCACUGAGGUUCCAGGCUGCUCCAGGUAUUUCCAGUACGAGUGUCGGAACGGACGCUGUAUUCCCACGUGGUGGAAGUGCGACGGGGAAAACGACUGCGGGGACUGGUCUGACGAGGCCCAGUGUACAGGCGGCGUCACUCCUCACACUGUGGCCCCUGGUCCCUCCACCUGCGCCCCCAACCGCUUCCACUGUGUCCACUCUGGAGCUUGCAUCAUCAACACCUGGGUGUGUGACGGCUACGCUGACUGUCCCCAUGGCAGCGACGAGCUCGGAUGUCCCACAGCAGUUAAUGGAACUGCGACCCUGGCUCCAGUGCCCACCCAACCCCCUCCAGCUCCUGGUCGUUGCAGUCGGGGUCAGUUUCCGUGUCGGCGAACCCCGCGCUGCAUCCCUGACUGGCAGCGCUGCGACGGACAGCUCCACUGCGAGGACGGCUCUGAUGAAGCCCACUGCCCCACCCGUGGGCCUCUGCUCUGUGUCAACGGGACUCGCUGUUCGGACGGUGAAGCCUGCGUGCUGGACAGCGAGCUGUGCGACGGCUUCUUGGACUGCUCCGACCACAGCGACGAGGACAACUGCACCUUGGACACCCUGGCUUAUAAAGUGCAGAACCUCCAGUGGACACCAGAUGUUUUAGGUGCCAUCACUCUGACCUGGUCUCGUCCCAAGAACCUUCCCCUGGACUCCUGCUACUUCCUCGUCUACUACAGGUGA